UUAUGUUGCUGGAGUGAAUCGGACAACAGGCAGUGAUUCAAUGUGACACUUGUGAUGAAGUCAUAUGGAGUGUGUGAGAUGUGUAAUCUGAGUCUGGCCGAUCAGGACAGGCGGGGUGGGAGUUACAGUCUGGGGUGCUGAAAGGGUCCUGUACUUCUUGUGAAACUGCAAAGCCGACUGGUGUUCAUCUCUCAAUUGCUCUCUCUCUCUCUCUCUCUCUCUCUCUCUCUCUCAAGCACACACACUGAGGGAGAACAUUAACAUGCUCUAAAGGAAAAAACAAAGAUUUCUGUCACGAGGCGAGACCGCAGACAACAGGAGGAGAAUCUUACCAUUGACUGCAGUCAACAUGCAUCGGAAUACGGCCCUCCGGAACGCCGGGCUCUGGAUUCUUCUGAGUUUAGCGGCGGGUCACCUGACAGAGCAACAGACAUCUAACAUCAUAGAUAUUCACAAUGAUAUCCGCUCGCAGGUCAAGCCCAGCGCUGCCUUCAUGCAGAAAGUGGUAUGGGACGAGACACUGCGUCUGAUGGCAGAAGCAUAUGCAGCCAAAUGUAUCUGGGACCACAACCCUGACCUCAAGAGCCUCGAACUGGGGGAAAACCUCUUUGUAACCACUGGACCAUUUAAUGUUACCCAAGCAAUGCUUGACUGGUUUGAAGAGAUUCAUGAUUAUGAAUAUGAAAACAACAACUGCCCUGAAGACAAAAUGUGUGGUCACUACACUCAGAUGGUGUGGGCGGACAGCAGACAAAUCGGAUGUGCUACUCAUGUGUGUGAUACUCUAGAGGGUUUGGAUUUACCAAAGUCCACUCUUCUCGUCUGCAAUUAUUAUCCGACAGGAAAUUUUGAAGGACAGAGGCCGUAUGAGUCAGGAGAGUCAUGCUCAAAGUGUCCAGAGGAACUGCCAACGUGUGAGGAGAACAUCUGUGUGAAACGUCUUCCAUCGGAGGAGCCACCUGAGGCCACAAAACAUCCAGCCGUCUCAACCAAGCAAGCCACCAUCCCACCCCGUACACAUGAGCCCACCUCUGUUCCUGAAGAGGGACACAGAAGAAUGGAGAAGACAUUGAAAAGUGAUGUCAUAAAGGCUGGAUCAGAGGUGGAGAGAACUUUAGCUCCUCUGCUGAUGCUCGUCUGGCUUUCUGCAGCUUUCAUUCUGUGAAAAAAUCCAUCUGGACACACACAAAAAACAAACGUACAAUAAUUCAUAUACGGUACAAAUGUUUGACUCAUAAUAUGACUGCGCUUUACAAAUGAACAACUAGAACUUGAAGACAAAACUGCAAAACCCUUUAGUUAGUAACUGCAUUUGACAUGAAAGACGUUGGGAACAUGCUAUAGUACAUGUAAAACUAUUUCAAACAUAAUAUUGCUGAUAAAAUUGAAGAUUUGAUAUGUUCAUUUUAAAUCAGUUAUAGAAAGUUUUCUACAUUCAAAAGCAUACAUUUUAAAGCAAGUAGCCAGUUUCAGAUCUAGUCAUCUCAAUAUCAGUGUUUUUUUGUUUACUGUAAGGGCAAAUAAAUGGUCUCAAAUUAUUGUAUGCUUUAACAUUGAUAUAUUUGUGUUUGACGCAGCAGUCAUAUUGCUUUUGCAUGACAAUCAUGCUUUCUAUAGAUUUACAGGAGCAUUAGUUUGAGCUUGAAAUCGACAGGUGUACUAAGCACAAGAAAUAUUGUACCCUUGCAAAGUUUAUAACUGUAAGAUGUAUUGUGUGUUUAUCUCUUUAUUUGUAAAUGUCAUUUAUGUUGAUUUGUUAAAUUCCAAGGCGUUUCUUAGAGAAAUGGUGAGAAACUGGAAUUUAAAAUAUCUGAAUGAACUGGAAUAUUUGUUAAAAAUCUCCAAUUGAGUUUAUAAGUUUAUCUGUUAGUUUAUCCACCAGGUUAAUGUUAAUAUUAACAUCAUGAUUUUAUCCCUCUCUUUGGUCGUUUAUACAGUCACAUUGUUACUUAUGUUUACUGCCAAUAACAUCUACUGACCAUCGAUAUUUUUGAUCGGGAUUGAUUUUGUACUUUGGACAAAACAAAUGCCACUAGAUGGCAGUAGAACUCAAUAUAAAUGCUGGUAUUGUUUUUAAAUGUUCUCGAAGUGUUGUUUCUGUGUUUAAAGACUAUAAAUUCAAAUGCUGGUCAAAUA